AUGUCUGACAUGGAUAUCGUACCCCUCAUUAUCGGGGGAGAAGACAUCGUCUUGACCGGAGAGCACCAGGGAGAAAUAGCCUCCCCCAUACCAAAUGGACCGACGAAAUUCCAAGGCGCGACGACAGAGCUAGCCAUCAAGGCUGUCGAGUCCAGCGCCGGCGCAUUCGCAUCGUGGUCUAAGACGCGUCCCCAGGAGAGACGGGCCAAGCUGCUACAGCUCGCUACUGUCCUGCGCCAGCGCGCAACAGAGCUAGAAAAGCUCGUUGAUGAAGAAAUCCAGUGCGGCGAGCUCUGGGCUCACAUUAUCAUGCAGGGCGGCAUUGAGCUCGUCGAGGAGACGGCGGCGCUCAUUACUACCUCUACGACGGGGUGUAUCCCCGCGACGGAGAAGGGAUCGUAUGGGUUGGUCUUUAAGGAACCUCUUGGGGUUAUUUUGGGGAUUGCGCCGUGGAAUGCACCGAUUAUUCUUGGGCUCAGGGCUGUAGUUGCGCCUGUUGCUGUUGGGAAUACGGCGAUUCUUAAGGGAUCAGAACUCAGCCCACGAACGCACUACAUGCUCGCAUCGCUCUUCCGCGAGGCGGGAUUCCCGCCUGGUGUGGUCAACUAUAUCUGCCAUCGUCCGGAGGAUGCAUCGGACGUCUAUGACUCCAUGAUCACGCAGCGCGCUGUAAAGAAAUGCAACUUUACCGGGUCGACUGCGGUAGGCCGCAUUAUUGCGUCCAAGGCGGCUCAGGCGCUGAAACCGGUCUUAUUGGAGCUGGGAGGGAAGAAUUAUGCCCUUGUGCUGGAUGAUGCGGAUCUGGAUCUAGCAGCCGAGCAUAUCGUGCGCGGUGCAUUUCUAAACAACGGCCAAAUCUGCAUGUCCACCGACCUCGUCAUCAGCUCCAAAUUCAUCAACUCUGUCCCGGAAUCAAAGAUCCACACCCUCCUAGACACCAUCAAAACCAACCACAUCGUCAUCUCCCAGCCCGCCAAAACCAAGCUCACUAACCUCCUCUCCGACAGCCUUGGCAAAGGCGCAACCAUCCACUCCGCCGCGACCUCCACCGACGGCGCCCACUUCCCAGCAACCCUCAUCCGCGGCGUCACCCCAUCCAUGGACUUCUUCCAUACCGAGUCGUUUGGCCCGGUCCUGGGAAUGGUCACCGUGGACCACGAGGACGACAUUGCGGCCUUGAUCCAGGAGUUCGACUACGGGUUGUCGUCGGCGAUUUUCACGCGUAAUCAUCACCGCGCGCUGGGAUUGGCGGCUUCCGUUAAUGCUGGCGCGGUGCAUGUUAAUGCUAUGACUGUUCAUGAUGAGGCGACUUUGCCGCAUGGGGGCGUUGGGCAUAGUGGGUGGGGACGGUUUGGGGCGGGUUGGGGAUUGGGGGAGUUUUUGCAGACGAAGACUGUUACGUUGAGUGGGUGA